GCCUCCUAAAAUUUACAUGCUAUUUUACAUAUGCAAAAUAUUAUAUCUAUUUAAUCCUCCAAGUUUAAUUAUUGUGUCGAAAUAUGUUUUUAAAACGCAUCUUGAACAGUUCAGUGUGUUAUGUUUGCGGUGUUCUAUCUGGUUGCUUUAAUCAAUGCAAAACACAUCAAGCGUUCGUGAAAUUUGAAAUACGCCAGUCAUCUGCUGAACCGGAACGGAUCUAUAUAGUAUUCGUGUUUGUCAUGAUAAAAAGCUAAGGGAAUAUACAUGUUAUAGCUGCUUUUAAUACCUACGUAUUGAGCUCUUUCCGAGACAUUUUACUCCACACCACAGGGGUUUUACUCGUUGAUUGCCAGCUACGUGUACGAGUUUUGUUAACAGAUCUUGACAAAAUGACAGAGAAAAGCCGGUCCUUAAGACGCAACGACGUCGUUCAAAACAUACUCAACAAACUUGAUGCUACGGUAAUUUGCACUCAGUGUCGUGAUGUUUUCAAGGAUCCUAAGCUGUCGGUGUGUUUGCACAGCUUUUGUGGUAACUGUUUGGAGCAGUUAUGGAAUCAUCAGUCGUCAAAGCUCAUUUUUAAGUGCCCGGUAUGCCAAACAGAAGCGACGGUACCGGAGGAAGAUCUUAAACCAUCGACGAAAAUGCCGAACUCGCCGUCAAAUUUUCACCUGAGUAGAAUCCUAGAUAUUUACAAGGCAAAGACCUUGAAGGAAGCAGAUGGCGUCUGCGACAACUGCAAAGACACAACAAAGUUGGAAGCUUUCUGUUUCGACUGCGAUCAGUACCUUUGCCCGCCGUGCUCUAGUGCGCACGCUCAAAUGAACGUGAAAAAGAAGCACCGCGAAGUCAAACUUAAUGAAUUUGAAAGCAGCCACUACGAAGCGUUAUACAGGCGUCCCAUCUACUGCCAACAUGAAAGAAAAGAUUUGGAAAGCAUAGAGUUCUAUUGCCCGGAAUGUGAUGUCUACAUGUGCGGCCUCUGUAACAUUAUUGACGAGGAAUAUCACGCAACACAAGACAUUCAAGAUGUGGCAGACAGAAGUAAAGUCGCGAUGGAGGAAAAAGCGACUAUUGUACGCGGAAAAGCUCGGGAGAUUCAGACGGGCAUUGAAAACACUGAAAAUCGCAUCGCGGAAAUCGAUAGGUGCAUCGAUUUGCUGAAAAACGAAGUGGAUGAGAAAGUCUCUUAUCUCGUAGGAAUCCUCACGAAGCAUGGCGAUGAGAUGUCAAAGAUGUUGGAAGAAAUCCGCAACGAAAAGAAAGGAAAAAUUCUGACACAGAAGAGCACGCUAGAGUCUCUUUCAGCCCAGACGAAUAGUUCACUUGAAUUUGUGGAUUCUCUAAUCGGCAGGGAAUCUGCUCCCGAAAUUAUGGUUCUAAGAGAUCGCGUGAUCUCUCGGCUGGAAAGUUUGGGUGAUUUGAUCAUUGACACGCGACCAGUAGAGAAUUCAGCCGUAGAGUACAUUCCGAAUCCUUCGCUGGUGAACACCCUCGAGACGAUGUCGCUUGGUCAGAUCGUUGUCAGCAGUACUGACCCGUUGUCGUGCUUCGCAGACGGCGAAGGACUCAGAAAAGCCUUUGUGGGAGAAGAUACGUCUUUCGCGGUGACAACUCGCGAUAUGAAUGGUGACGUGUGUUAUAGCAGUGCAGAUCACGUCACGGUAGAAGCAAAGUCUAACAACAACUGCGGAGAAGUAAUCACGGUUGACGUUAAAAGCUCCGAAGAUGGACACUACGAAGUAACGUACGUUGCCAAAGCGGUUGGUACUUACGGCUUGGAAGUAAAAGUUGGUGGCCAGCACAUCCAGGAAAGUCCUUUUGAACUGGUCAUCAAACCACCUGUCAUGCUUCCUUUCAAAUCUUUCGAGUCCAUGACAGGAGCAAACGGUCUCUUCACCCAACCCAAUGGCAUUGCCAUCAGCAGUAUCGGAGACAUUGCGGUCUCAGACACUCAAAAACACUGUGUCCAUUUGUUGAAUUCAAGCGGGAUGAGCAAAAUGGACUUCGGAGGGGAAGAGCUGAACUAUCCCGUUGGCGUUGCCUUUGACAUCACUGAGAAAAACGUCAUAGUCGCCGAUAGAGACAACCAUCGCAUUUUGGUUUAUAACGCGAAGACAGGCAAGCUGGUUCGAAAGAUCGGCCGUCGGGGCAGCGGCGAAGGUCAGUUCGACGGACCCUCCGGAAUCUGCGUAGAUGGCGAGGGUCGCAUCAUAGUCGCCGACUGGAACAACCAUAGAAUCCAAGUCUUCUCGCCCGAGGGAAUUUUCUUGUUUAAGUUUGGAGACACGAUUAAAAGCAAGCUGAAAAAGCCUCGGGCCGUUACUUUCUGCAACGUAAGGAAGCGCUUUGUGGUCUCCGACACUGGAAAUAAUGUCUUAAAAGUUUUCGGCCCCAAGGGAAACUUUCUGCAAACCAUUGGAGCACCGGGCGCCAAGAAAGGAGAACUGUAUAGUCCACGGGGAGUUAUUGUGGACAAGUUGGACAGAAUCGUAGUUUGCGAUUUUGACAAUCAUCGCGUGCAGUUCUUUAGAUUCGAUGGAACUUGCCUGAAUUCGUUCGGUGCUAAAGGAAAGUCGCUGGGACAGUUUAAUCACCCAAUGGGUGUCGCGUUAUUAAAGGAUAAUCAAAUUGUUAUCAGUGACUGGGGAAACGAUCGUAUUCAAGUAUUCUCCAUGGGCAACCAAACGAAGGUAUCACUAUUCACGGAACACAAGAAUUCUACAUUGUAGAAUGAAUUAACUCCAGACAAUUUAAGUUUUGUUCACUUUAUCACUACCUUGUACUUGUCGCUGCAGCAACUCGAACGUCUUGGUCAAUUCAAUUGAGUUAAUUUGUAAAAUAGUCCAUUAGAAGGCUGCCAUUUAGCUGUUAAAAAAUUGAGUUUGUUUUAAGAAUACAGAGAAACAAAUUAUUUGUUUCUUCGCUUAGUCACAGCAGUGCCUGAUGCAGAUAAGUGCACUGCGAACUAUACAAAUUUGGUACAGUUUACGUGAACUGUUUUUAACUGUCUUCAAUUUUACGUCCCCA